ACCCGGAAGCCUUUCAGUGGUACACCUGAGAUAACUUGCAGAGAAAAAAAAUGUUUGGACUGAAUUCUGCUUGUCCUGUGUAACGUUGUUGAUUAAAGCAAAGUAAUCUAGUAUCUUUGAUUAAAGUACCGGCUAGAUAAGAUGGCGUCUACAUCUGACGCGGACACACGGCCUGUUUCUAAUGUAGAAGAAGACAGAAGUCGCCUCUGCGAUGAGUUUGCUGUGAUAACAGGAACUGAUACCGCUGUGGCUCAGUGCUACAUGGCUGAGAAUAACUGGGAGAUGGAGAGAGCUUUAAACUCAUUCUUUGAGGCUGAUUUGGAGAAGGCAUUUGAUGAAGACUUUCCAGACAGUGAGGCCAGCCCCGAAAAGAAGAAGCAUAAGAUUGAAGAAAAACCUCCAGGAGAGUGUAUAGAUUUGACCGGAGAGAGUCCAGCCUCCACACACAAACCCCCAGAAGAAGAUGACAAUAAACUGUCACUGAUCUCCUGGAACGUGGAUGGACUUGACACAGACAACCUUGGAGAGCGUGCCAGAGGCCUGUGCUCCUACUUAGUCCUAUACACUCCUGACGUGGUGUUCCUACAGGAGCUCAUUCCGCCUUACGUCCAGUACCUGAGGAAGCGGGCUGUCAGCUACCUCAUCAUUGAAGGUGGUGAAGAUAAUUACUUCACUGGGAUGAUGCUCAAGAAGUCGCGGGUCAAGCUUGUGGAGAGCGAGAUAAUACCUUACCCCACUACUCAAAUGAUGAGGAAUCUGCUCGUAGCUCAGGUGACUUUUAAAGGCCAGAAGCUGUGUCUGAUGACGUCCCACCUGGAGAGCUGUAAAGGCCAAGCAGGGGAGCGGAUGAAACAGCUGCGAGUGGUGAUGCAAAGGAUGAGAGAGGCUCCUGACGAUGUCACCGUCCUCUUUGGAGGGGACACAAACCUCAGGGAUACUGAGGUCGCCAAGGUGGGUCUGCCCCCCAGUGUCUGCGACGUGUGGGAGCAACUGGGAAAACAAGAGCACUGCCGCUACACAUGGGAUACCAAAGCCAACAGCAACAAAAAUGUCCCUUACAUCAGCCGCUGCCGCUUCGACCGGGUCUACCUCCGCCCAGCCACCAAGGACGGCAUCCCACGCCUGGCCCCUGACCACAUGGCCCUGGUGGGUCUGGAGAAGCUGGACUGUAAACGCUUCACUAGUGAUCACUGGGGAAUCUACUGUAGCUUCUCUGCUGCAUAGAAAUGCACGAAAUAACCUGAAUGUGCCAGUUUUCUACCAACUGCUCUAGUUUGUUUUGUGUGUUUGACAGUCCCAGCACGGACAUUGUCAGUGCUGGAUUCAGACCACAGAAACAUUUUAUCUGUGCAAGAUGUUCUGACCUCAUCUGAGGUUUGUUACCUGUAAAUCUUAUCUUCUAAUUUCAUUUCUCUUGCUGAAGUCUCUUCCCAAGUUUUUUUUUUAAAAGUUAGAUAAAUGUAGAAUGUACCAAUAAAUGUUAAAAUAUCAAA